GUAUUUUAUUUGGUUGACAUAUGGAUCCAUUCAAAUGAAACACAGGGCCUGACUCUGCAAUAUUACUAAGCUUUCUAGUCCCUUUUAGCUUAGUGUUUUGGUUAUUGUUUAGAUUAGUUUCACAGCCCCAGUUAGUUCUGUUUCCAGCUCCAAUUAAUUCUCAAAACUACAUCCAAAGCAGCAGACAGACAAAAUGAGCAACCAGCAGGUGAGUACAAUUGAACAUUUGGCAAAUCAUGACCAUUAUCAUUUUGUUUCUCUGGACUUGGUGAAGACUAUUAGAGUACUUGAGUGGGUUAGUGAGGAGAGUCAGCUAACAGAACCACUGGCUGCGUGGAGGCAGAGCAUCCGGAGGACGUCACAAGGAAAACCAGACUAUAUUUUCUCCAAUACUGAUGUCAAGAUGCCAAAAAAUCUAUCAAUUCAUGAUAUUUGCAAUCAAUAUAAUGUUGCUUUAAAAGUCUUUAAGUCUAAAAGAAGAAUCUUAAUUUCUCACAUACAAUCAUACAAUGUAAAACGUAGUGAGACUCUUCAUCUAAAGUAUGUCACCCAGGAACCAGAGAAUUAACAUUAUACGCAUGUUUCAACAUGGGGAAAACCGGAGUACCUGGAGGAAACCCACACUAUCACAGGGAGAACAUGCACAGUCCACACAGAAAGGCUCUUCCCCAGGCCAGAGUCGAACCUUUCUUACAGGUGGUAGGCAAUAGUGCUCACCCUAAACUUUUGCCAGCUUGGGAUCAAACACAUUGGUUCAAUGUAGACGGACCAGAGGGCAGAGAAGGAAGCAAGGAGUUGGUAAGGAGCUCCUAUCAGGAGGUCCUAACCCUCCAGCAUGUGGAGUCUCAAAUCUAAUGAAAAUAUCACAAAACAGCAGCAUCCCCAGCAUCUGCACAUCCACCACUAGAUGGCCAUGAAACACUACCAACAGCACAACAAAUAUGAUGAUUGUCCAAGUCAACAACACACCCCAUGAGUCAAGCCCCUGCCACCUCUACUAAACUGCUCAAAGAAGGAGAGGGAAUGUAGCGCAACUUUGACACGGUGAGCCUCCUCACUGGUGAUGUUUGAGGUGUUUGGGUAGUUGAAGGAAUUGAGGCUGUUUUAAGACUCAGCCUCAUAUUUUACAUUACAGGAUCAUUCAUUUGAAAAUAAAGUUAAAAUUAAACUACAGCUACUUACAGUAAAUGAAAGGGAAAGGGAAACUAAAUAAAAACACUUCAGUGCACACUCUUCACUCAACAGGGACGGAGGUACACUAAAAAGCGUCACACUUGCUGAAAGUUUUACUGUCAGUUAAGACUUGUACGCAAAAUGGAUGAAUACCAACAUCCUUUGUACUUUGAAGCCAGAGAUUUGACAGACAAAGAGGAACGAAAGGUGUGGAGACACUUUCAUAAAAGACGAGUUUCUGGGGGAGGUGACUGUGGAAUGAUUGAAAAGGAUGGAGCCAACACAUAUAAAAUCUGUUUCAAGGAAAAAGAAGACCAAGAAAGGGUUAUUCAAAGGAAGUUUCACACCAUCUCCCUUCCUGCCAGAAAACUACGCGUGACUGUGAGCAGAAUAAGUCUGCCACAGAACUCUGAUCAGCCCUCUUUCAACCAAUCACAGGUCUCAGACCAGGAGGUGAAGUUAGGAGCUACACAAGGUGAUGAACUGACCAAAACUUUUAAAGAAAAGAGAAUUAAACUUCCUACAGCGUUACUUACCUUCAUAACAUCCAGUGGUGCCAUCUCCAAGUACCAAGCUCGCUUCCAGCAGAGCCUCCGAAAUCUUGUUUCCAUAGAGGUGGGGUCAGACCUGGUUCUGUCCAGUGUGUCCACAGAUGCCCUGGAUGAAGCUGAGGCUACAAUAAAGAGAGAACUGAGUCUGGACAAUGUUCAGCUGCAGGGAGCUGCAGCUGUACCUCCAGAUCUUGACAGAGUGAAAGAAAUCCUGAUGAAAGCCAAGAACGAGGCAAACUUUCGAGAGCUCAGAGUGGACGUCAGCUUCAUCCCAGGACCAAGUAGAGCUGCAGCCACCAAAGUACAACUGGUGGGCUACAGUGACAAUGUGAACAAGCUCAAAGAAAUUCUGCACAGCUACCAGAUGAACCAAGGACAAAUGACAAAAGAACUGCUCAAACUACCACAUCCUGAACUGGUCGACUGCUUUGAUCAGUUCUUAGACCUGAUUGGCAUGAAGCAGAACAAGGUGACCUUUAAAACCUCGCGUUUUCCAUCCCCUUCUGUGCUUGUGACUGGCCCCCGCUGUCUGGUCCCCAACAUUCAGGCAAACUUGAAAGCAACUCUAGCCAGUCUGAUGAAAGACACACUGGUUCUAGAUGGACCAGGUGCUCAGCGGUACUUUCAAGCAGAGGGUAAAGUCAGCAAGGAGCUGGUGGAGAGCUCCUGUAGGGUAAUUAUCAGGGAACAACAAGGUGUGUUCUCCCCAGAGGUGAAAAGCUUCAGCACCAGCAGUGUCAGAACCAAGCCUGCCACCAGACAGCGCUGCAACACUCCUUCCAGCAUUUUGUUCCACAAGAUGAGCCUGGAGAUCAAACUUGGCAGUUUGGUGGAUGAGCAGGUGAAUGUUUUGGUGGCCCCCAUGAUCAACAGACAACUAAAUUCUACAGAAAUUGGAAAAUGUCUGUUGAAGAAAGCAGGGAAUGCGAUCAACUCAAAGUUUUACUUGAAGACAGCAAAUCGCACCUUCGCCCCUGGUGAUGUUCUUCAGGUUGAUGCGCCUCCAUCUCUGGGUUGCUCCAAGCUCUUCUUCAUUGAAUGCUCGCCAUGGGAUGGGGUCAGCGGAUGGAGUGUGCAGGCUCUUCGGAAAGGCCUGAAGAGGUGUUUGAACCUGUGUGCACAGCAGCACUUCUGCUCAGUGGCCUUCCCAGUUAUCGGACCGGGAAGAGUUUUAAAAUACCCGCUGAGUGAAGCCAUUCAAGUGCUGACUGAGACCCUUCACCAGUUUGGAUUAUCUGCAGUCUCUGAUUGUCUCUCCACCAUCCACAUCGUCAUUAAAUCAGGUUACCCAGACUCUGAGGAGUGCUAUCAUGAUGUCUCCAGGCACCUCAGUUUAAAUAUGAACCAAGAAGGCCAAGCCAUCUUCAGAUCGCUCACCAGUGACCUUGAUGACAUCACAAUGACAGUGGGAGGAGGGGCUAAACUACAACUGGUGUUUGGUGACAUCACUAAUGAGACUACAGAUAUUGUUGUGAACACGACCAACUUUGUUGAUUUUCACAUAGAUGGUGUGUGCAAAGACAUCUUAGCCGUAGCUGGACCAGAGGUGGAGGCUGAACUCAGAGCAGCAAACAUCAACCGAAGAAGCGGUUUUGUAUCCCGGCCUGGAUGGUUCCCCUGUAAAGCCAUUUGGCAUGUGUCUGGAAAAGGGGAUGCAGGUACCAUCGAACAACGGGUGUGCGACAUCAUUAGAUAUUGUGAAAACUAUGGAUAUAAGUCUGUAGCCAUUCCGGCCAUCUCUGCUGGAGCUGGAGGGUUGGACCCUGGUGUUGUGGCAAGUGCAAUCCUCCGAGGGGUGAAGAUUGCAACGUCAUAUACUUCUUUUCAUUAUAUCACCAACAUCCGCCUUGUCCUGAUUAAUAUCAAUGUCUUCUUGGCGUUUAAAGAGGAAGCAAUGCAAAUGUUUUCCGCUGCUGUAAUCAACAGAGUGCCUCGGAGGCCUCAUGUACAACAACAAGACCCCUCUUUGACAGUGGGCACAGACCUAAGCAUCUUCCAUUCCACCUCCACAAGUCAGAAGUCCGUCUUCCUCUUCCUGGGUCUCUCCAGACAGGAUGUUGACGAUGCCAUGACAAAGCUGGUGGGUGCAUAUCAGACUCAGUGCUCCACUCAAACCAUCAAAAAGGAGGAUCUGGUAGGCCUCACCCAGGACGAUGUAGAGGAUCUGAUUCAGCUGGUGGAGUCGCAUGGUCUGAACAUACAAAGGGACCAGUCAAGACCCAAAAGCUUAACAGUGAGUGGGUUAAAAGAUGGAGUCAACCAGGUGACAAAAAAGAUCAAUGACUCUCUGCAAGAGUGUCUCAGAAGAGAGAUGAGAGCCAGGGAGGAGGAGGAGCUGUUCACCCGUGUGGCUUGGUGCAUCCUGGCACACAACGGCAACUGGGAGAGACUCCCUAAAACAGCCAAUUACAUUUUGGAAAAUAACGACAUAGCAGGAGGAAUAGUGGACGCACAGGGCGUCCAGUGGAAUGUGGAUGUACAGAGGUUGGAGGCUUCAACGCGACUAUCUGGACAGACGACAAAGCUCAAACGACUCGUGAAUCUUCCUGACUUCACCCUCCCUCUCUACUGGGACAGCAUGACUCAUGGUGAAGCUUUCAAGGUGGUUGCACUGCAGCCUUCUUCUGCUGAGUACAAGUCAGUGAAGGAGGCAUUCAAACGGACAGUCAGCAAGACUCCGAUAAAGAUCGAGCGCCUGCAGAACAUUCAUCUGCGCAAGUCCUAUGAGGUACAGAAGAAGCACAUUUCCGACAACAGAAGACAGGUGGGUGGAGCUCGUGAAAAGCUUCUGUACCACGGGACGACACGGGACAACUGUGACUGCAUCAUGAAAACUGGGUUCAACAGGAGCUUUGCAGGACAGAACGGAACUUCAUAUGGUCGUGGAACCUACUUUGCUGUAAACGCCUACUACUCAGCCCGCUCCACCUUCGCGAAGUCCGCUGCUGAUGGUUCUCAGUUAAUGUUUGUGGCCCGAGUCCUGACUGGGGUCUCCACUCUGGGAAGCAGCGACAUGAAGGUUCCUCCUCCUCGCACUAACAGUCAGCCCCACGACCGUUAUGACAGCGUGGUAGACAGAAUAGACAAUCCCAAGAUGUAUGUUGUGUUCCAUGACAGCCAAGCGUACCCAGACUACCUCAUCACCUUCAAGUGAAGAUGGUAGGGAUGGAGGAUGGGCGCAGAAAAGAUUGUUUAUGAUGAUGGUGUUUUAUUAGAUGAAUUUAGGCCUGAAAAAUCAUGUAAGUGUAUACCUAUCACACCACAGAGCUGUUUAGUCCAACAAAACAAUAUUUUUAAUUCA